AUGCAGACUUUCCAGUCCCACAUGGCGACCGAGAAAAACUUCACGAGCGUCCUCAAGGGGAUAGAGCUGGAGGAUCCCCGCCCAAACACGACUCAAAUCGACCCACAGCUGCAACUCCCAUGGCCCUUCUUGCUGCGGCUGAAGGUCAACACUUUUGCCAUACCCCUGGGGCUCUCGUCUCAGGCCCAGCUGUGGGGCUCUCUCUCGCGUUCGUCGCUACUCGAAUCGGCGCUAGGACGCGGGAUUCCCGAUGUGAUUCAGCAGAUCUACUGGGUGCUGGCGUUAUCUCUGUUGGCCGUUAUUGCCCUCGGCUACUUCUUGAAGGUGGGCUAA